AUGAGGUUUCCAUCAUUAUCAGUGGUUCUUGUGCUAUUGUUAUCUGCAGCCUCAGCACAACACCCACAAUAUGAACCACCACACCCUAAUAUGCAAGUAGGGCACCCAACUAAUCGUCCACCUCACCCAACUUGCCACCCAACUAUUAAUCCACCUCCUCAUAAAUGUACUACUAUUAAACCGACGACUUCGACGACUACAACGACUUGUACUAAAAAACCUAUAAUCGGAGAAGAGCAUCAUCAUCCCGAUGGAGGUGCAUCAUCAUCACAAGUUCCAUCACAAGUUCCAUCACAAGUUCCAUCACAAAUGUUCUACUACUACACCUGCCAAAGUAGAAGAGGAGGAAUUACUACUACUACACCUGCCAAAGUAGAAGUGCAUCAUCACAAGCAUCAUCACUGGCGCCAUCAUCACAAAUAUCCUACUACACCUGCCAAAGUAGAAGAGGAGGAUGUGUAUUAUCACAAGCAUCAUCACAAGCACCACCACCACAAAUGUUCUACUACUACACCCGCUCCUAAAGUUACUACUACUACACCUACCAAAGUAGAAGAGGAAGAAGAAGAAGUGCAUCAUCACAAGCACCAUCACAAGCAUCAUCACAAGCAUCAUCACAAGCAUCAUCACUGGCGCCAUCAUCACAAAUAUACUACUACUACACCUGCCAAAGUAGAAGAGGAAGAAGUGCAUCAUUACAAGCAUCAUCACAAGCAUCAUCACUGGCGCCAUCAUCACAAAUAUCCUACUACUACACCUGCCAAAGUAGAAGAGGAGGAUGUGUAUUAUCACAAGCAUCAUCACAAGCACCAUCACAAAUUUGAGAAACUAGAACAUGAAGACGAAAAGUUUUAUCCACAUCAUCACAAACCAUGCACCACAACUACUACAACACCAGCUUCUACUUGCACUAAGAAAUUUGAGAGACUAGUAAAUGAAGACGAAAAGUUUUAUCCAUAUCAUCACAAACCUUGCACCACAACUACUACAACACCAGCUUCUACUUGCACUAAGAAAUUUGGACCAGCCAAUGCAGGGGCAUCA